AUGCCGUCCCUCUUUCGCCGGCGCCAUGAGCCCGAGGACAUCAAGCCUCUGCCCGCCCCCUCGGAGGGUGUCGAGGUGUCGGGGCUCGAACAUAUCAAGUCUCUCGAACAAAUGGAAAAGAAAGCCUACAACCUCGAUCCGAACAUGCCCUUGGACGUAUUAAACGAACUCGAUGCUGCUAUCGCGACCGGAAAUGUCGAGAAGGGAGCUGAGAUUGAGCAAGCGCUUAUGGACGACAACAGCCCCUAUCCCGAGGUUCGAGCCGUCGUCCGAAACUUCGAUGUCGAUAUGCCCGCGAACACGAUCCGCGCCUGGGUAAUCGGAAUGUUCCUUUGCACUGUCGGAUCUGCCGUGAAUAUGCUUUUCUCGCUUCGCAACCCCAGCGUUACCAUAACAACCUACGUCGUUCAGUUGGUCGCCUACCCUCUCGGCCUCGGCUGGGAUCUUAUCAUGCCCGAUAGGGAAUGGAAUCUAUGGGGAUUGAAAUUCAACUUGAAGCCCGGAAAGUUCAAUUACAAGGAGCAUGUCGUAAUUGUCGUCAUGUCGAAUGCUGCGUACGGCGGUGGAGUCUUGUACGCGACCGAUGUCUUGCUGGCCCAACAGCUCUUUUACGGCCAGCACUUUGGCUGGGCCUUCCAGCUCUUGUUCGGCAUUACGACCCUCUGCACCGGUUACGGCCUCGCUGGUCUCGCCCGUCGUUUCUUGGUUUGGCCUGCGUCCAUGAUCUGGCCUUCCGACCUCGUCAAUUGCGCGCUCUUCUAUACCCUUCACGAUCACUCGCCUUCCGACCCUUCGAAGACGAAUGGCUGGAAGAUUGGCCGUUAUCGAUUGUUCUUGAUCGCUGGCGCCGGCGCAUUCGUCUGGUACUGGUUCCCCGGUUGGAUCUUCCAAGGUCUCUCCUACUUUUUGUGGAUCUGCUGGAUCGCGCCGAACAGUGUCAUCGUGAACAAGCUUUUCGGCGGCCUGUCCGGAUACGGCCUCUUCCCAUUGACUUUUGAUUGGACCGUUAUUUCGGGCUUCCUCACCUCCCCGCUGAUUCCGCCAUUCUACGCCAUCGCCAAUGUCGUCGCCAGCGUUGUAAUCUUCUUCGUCAUCGUCUCGAUGGGUAUCCACUUCUCUGGCACCUGGUACGCCGACUACUUCCCCGUGCAGAGCUCUAUCUCCUACGACAACACCGGCGCCGAGUACAACGUUAGCCGUAUUCUCAACGACAAGUUUCAGUUCGACGAGGAGGCUUACAAGGCUUACUCCCCUCUAUUUCUAUCGACUCAAUUCGCGCUCGCCUACGGUCUGUCGUUUGCUGCCGUCACCGCCGUAGUUGUCCAUGUGGCGCUGUAUCAUGGCAAGGAGAUGUGGAGGCAGUUCAAGCUUGCGCGCCAUCAGGAAGAUGAUGUGCAUAUGAGGCUUAUGAAGAAGUACCGUGAUGCUGAGGACUGGUGGUAUUUCGCCCUCUUCGUCGUCAUGGUCUCGAUUUCCUUUGGCGUCGUCGCAGGUUGGCCAACGGGCUUCCCUGCCUGGGCCUUUGUCAUCUGUAUGCUUCUCCCUAUCGUCUGGCUCCUUCCCAUCGGCAUUAUCCAGGCCGUCACCAACAUCCAGCUCGGCCUCAACGUCCUCACCGAGUUCAUCAUCGGCUACAUGGUUCCCGGCCGCCCCAUGGCCAUGAUGAUGUUCAAGAAUUAUGGUUACCUCAGCAUCGGGCAGGCCCUCUACUUCGCCCAGGACCUCAAGCUCGGCCACUACAUGAAGGUGCCGCCGCGCGUCAUGUUCUCCUCUCAGCUCAUCGCAUCGAUCUGGUCCGCCAUCGUCCAGAUCAUCGUCAUGAACUGGGCCCUCGGCCACAUCCCCAACGUCUGUGACCUCCAGCAGGAGAACCACUACACCUGCCCCGGCGGCCGCGUCUUCUUCACCGCCUCCAUCAUCUGGGGGGCCAUCGGCCCCGCCCGCAUCUUCAGCGGCAAAGCCAUCUACCACAACCUCCAGUGGUUCUGGCUCGUCGGCGCCCUCGCCCCCGUCCUCACCUGGAUCCUCGCCAGGCGCUGGCCCCGCUCCAUCUGGCGCUACGUCAGCACUCCCCUCAUCUUCGGCGGCGCCGGCCUGCUGCCCCCCGCCAGCGUCUACAUCUACCUCUGCUGGGCCGUCGUCGGCACCAUCUUCAACUACUUCAUUAAGCGCCGCUACACGGGCUGGUGGCUCCAGUACAACUACAUCCUCUCCGCCGCCCUCGACUGCGGCCUCAUACUUUCCACCCUCGUCAUCUUCUUCACGCUGUACCUUACCUCUGCACAGGCGCCGCAGUGGUGGGGGAAUGACGUCGCCGUUAAUUCGAUGGAUUAUAAGGGCACGGCGCAUAAGUCGCACGUGCCGCCCGGCACGAAGAUUGGACCGACAGAGUGGCCUUGA